AAUGUACGACACGACAAGUUCGUCACCUAUUCCACACGCACCCGGAGCAGCACCCUGUCCCUGUCUAGAAGGUGGGCCCCUCACAUCAACCAGAGGGUUUGGGUGUGAUAUUGGUGACUUCAGGCUUUUCAAAUUCCGCAUAGAUUGUGAAUAACGUGGCCAAGUCUCUGCCUCAAUCCCGCCGGAAAUAUCUUCCAAAAAGAUCCACGUUAACGAUGGUACCGUGCCGGAAGGGUCUUUCCAGAACCUUCCCGACUGAUCUUCCUCCGGCCUUCCCUUCCUCUCCCGAGAUAUUUUCCCUCCCUCCCCUUUCUUCCAAAUUCCAUUCUCCCCCACACCUCUCUCUAUAAAACGCCUGGCAUGUAAUUGCAUCAGAUCGUGACGACCGCGCAACGGUUUCGCCGGCUAAUGGGAACAGAGCAGCUUAGCGGCCGGCCGGGAUCUCAUUACGCCGUGCUGGGCGUCCGCCCGGACGCGUCCGCCGGCGAGAUUCGUAGCGCUUUUCGGAAACUCGCGUUGAUAUGGCAUCCGGAUAGAAGGGGAAGGGAACCAUGGCUGGUGGAGGAAGCGAACCGGAGAUUCCAGCAGAUCCACGAGGCUUACCAAGUUUUGUCGGAUCAAAAGAGGAGAACGUUGUAUGAUGCAGGGCUCUUCGAUCCAGUCCAAGACGACGAAGACGAAGUCGAGGGAUUUGAUGAGUUCGUUCAAGAAAUGCUGAUGCUCACGGCGAAAGUGAGGAGAGAGUGCUGUGCAGGUCAGUAAUUGGGAGGAUCUUGGAUCCAACAUACGCUAGUCCUCGUUUGAAAAGAAACAAAACAAGAUUGGACGUAAAGUAGCCCUUGAUCAAUGGCAUGUAAAUAUAUCCAAUUUCUAAAAAUAUUAUUAGUUGGAUUAGAUCCACCGGAUCCCUUUCCUCCUUUUUCUUUCUUUUUCCUUUAUGUUACUUUCCGAUUGGGCUAGGCCAUCAUGGAGCUAGUGGACCUCAUCCAACUAAUAAUUUCUCUUUUUCUAGUGGGCCAAACCCUAAGCAUGCAUGGGGGGAUAUUUUUGUUGCUAUAUAUACAAGUCUUCUAGGCCUCCAUCAUGUGUGCAUCCUACUCUAUUAUUAUUUGCCUUCAUUGAGAAGUAGUUGCUCCCAUCCCAUAGUCUUCUCGCUACAUCAAUGGCAUGGAGACCUUCAAGUGAAGACUGUCCAUGAGACCUGGUAUCUGAUCUUGUUGGAGCAUUUGAAGAGAGACUCUAGAGUAAGAUUUUGUAAUGUCUUUAUUCCAUUAAUAAAUAUUUGUUUGUUGCUCCUAUAAA